GUGCGCCGCCGGUCAGGUUAGGUAGCUCGGUUAUGUACAGUACAGGCUACCUCCGUGUACUAUUUCUAAAGCGGGACGGCGUGGAGCUGUGAAAAGCGCGGAUAUUUAUUCCGUGGAGGUCAGAGCGAGUGCGUGUCUGUGGUUGGAAACCAGCUGCUGAUCGUCACCGCUGUGCGCUCUUAUCCAAACGGAGGAUUUGUGUGAGUCCGACGGAGGAGAAUGAGGUCCUUGUCUGCUUAGUGACCCGUGCCAGUUAAAGAUGAUUCCCGUAAGGUCUCCUGUGAUUAUCCCUCUUUCUGUGGCUUUGGUAGCACCCAGUAAGCAGCCAGGAAAGCCCUCCCCGUCCUGCCUAUGACAUGGUCUAACCCGCAUGUGAUCCGGUCACCAUGAUGGCUUCUGUGGUUGCCAAUGGAAACCGUGACGGGCAGUCUCUGGUCCUGAAAGGGGUGGACCCAGAGACCUGCAUGAUUGUGUUCAAGAACCACUGGGCUCAGGUAGUGAAGAUCCUUGAAAAGCAUGACCCUCUGCGCAGCAGCUCCACCCUGCCCUCUCUUGGCGUUAUCAGCCUCACCUCUCUCUCUAGUGGCAGCGCUCGUUUUGGUGCCAUCCCUGGAGACGAGGCGAGCGCGGUGCAGAACUAUGUGGAGCACAUGCUCUUCCUGCUGAUGGAGGAGGAGAGCGGUCAGGCUGGGGCCAUGGGCCCCAUCCUGGAGUUUGUGGUGAUGGAGAACGUGAUGGAGCGUCUGUUUGUGUGGAGCCUCCGUAGAGAGUUCACGGACGACAUGAAACUGGAGCAGCUGAAAAUGUACGAGAUGCUGGUGGGCCAGGCGCGCCAGCCUCUGCUGCAUCACAAGCCCAUCCUGCGGCCGCUCAUGAUGCUGCUGUCCUCCUGUUCGGGCACUACGGCGCCUGCGGUGGAAGCCGAGCUGGUGCUGCUGCUCAACCAGCUGUGCUUCGUUCUGGCGAAGGACCCUUCAAUUCUGGAGCUGUUUUUCCAUACCAGCGAGGAUCAGGGAGCCACCAACUUCCUCAUCUUCUCCCUGCUCAUCCCUUUCAUUCACAGAGAGGGCACAGUGGGCCAGCAAGCCAGAGACGCCUUACUGCUCAUUAUGUCUUUGUCUGCUGAGAAUGAGCGAGUGGCCAAACACAUCGCAGAGAACACCUACUUCUGUCCGGUGCUGGCCACAGGGCUGAGUGGCCUGUAUUCAUCUCUGCCCACUAAGCUGGAGGUCCCCAGCGAAGAGUGGCACUGCCUGCACAAAGAGGACUGGCUCCAGAUGCCAUCACUCAUCCAGUUUCUCAACUCACUGGAAUUCUGCAGUGCUGUUAUUCAGGUGGCCCACCCUGAUAUCAGAGACCAGCUGGUUAGCUACAUCUACAAUGGUUUCCUUGUGCCUGUCCUUGCACCAGCGCUCCACAAGCUGACUCUAGAGGAGGUGAUGACCACCACAGCUUACCUGGACCUCUUCCUGAGAAGUGUAACAGAGCCAGCACUGCUGCAGACCUUCCUCUCCUUCAUCCUCCUCCAUCGUCACGAGAGCGUCCACAUCUUGGAUACUCUGGUCAGCCGCAUCAACACACCUUUCCAGUUGGGCACCGUGUCUCUGGCGCUUUUCCGCACUCUCAUUGGUUUAUACUGUGAAGAUGUGAUGCUGCAGCUCAUACUGAGGUACCUGAUCCCCUGCAAUCACAUGAUGCUGAGUCAGAGACGUGUAGUGAGGGAGAGGGACUGCUAUUCGGCAUCAGCAGCUAAAAUCCUGGCGUUAACGCCGUCCUGCUGCUCUCCUGAUCGCAGCCCCCCGCCCCUCCGUCAGCUGGAAUCCAUUCUUUUUUCCAAGGGUGGAGAGACUCCCAACAACUCGGGCAACACAGAAAUCCAGAAAUCCUCUGAAGAGGAUGAUGGCUCAGGCAACUCCUGCACCAUCGGGUCAGAAAUCUACCUGGAUGUCAGUUACCUUCAUUACCUCUACGACGCCCGUCUUAGCAUCAGCAGCUGCAUGCGGGCCUGCCAGGUGUGGUCGGCUCCUUAUGAUGGCGAGGACCCACCUCCUGAGAAAUAUCAGCCGGGUGUCCUCGAGGAGCCAGGGCUGAAGAGUCGGCAACCCCAGGUGGCUCUCAAGAGAGUUCAGCACCCACUUUUGUCGCCCACACGAUCCUGCGUGCCGCCGAGUACGGAGCCGCUUCCCGUCAACCUGCUGGAGCUGGAGUGGGAUGACAGUUACGACGCAUGCCUCGUGGAGACUGCUGAUGCUCCUGUGGAGAGUAAACCUGCCCUGCAGCCUCCUGCUGAGCUCCCGAAGCACAUCCAGGAGAUGAAGAGAACAGCCCACAUGUUGGUUAAAGGCUCAUACAUUGAGGAAAACGACUUCCAGGAUGACGUCAUGGUGUACGAUCUCGUCGCAAAGAAAGACUCCGGCGGUGUUGAGCGCACAGGCAGCAAACCCAGUGGCUCGCAAUCAGAAGAAACCAAGCCAGAUUCAGCAGACGUUCCCCUAAAAAAUGGGCUUGACCUAACACUUCCAACCUCUGCCAUGGUUGAUAAUAGCAGGAAUAGCUUGGAUGCAAAGGCUAAAGGUCAGACGGACUGUAAUGCAAACCUCCAAAACACGACCGCUGUAGAGUUGGGUGACGACCUUUUGGCUCAGUAUGAGGAGCUCAUUCGCACUUUGGACACUGAAGCAGGUGGAAAACAGGUCAAAGCUGAUGGAGAGGUGAAGAAGCCCAUCACACCUGUAGAGGUAGUGGAAGAGGAUGAGAUGGAUUUCACCUCAUUCUCUGGUGAAACACCAGAACCAGAGAAACUACAUUCACCAUUUGGGACGGUCAACAGGUUUCGCAGCGAGAGUGCAAUUAAAAACCACUCAGUGCCUUUUACAGGUCCAUUUAUCAGUGUGCUGUUAUCUCGUCUGGAGAACAUGCUAUCUAACUCACUUCACGUCAACCUGUUGCUUACGGGCAUCUUGGCCCAGUUGGCUGCUUACCCUCAGCCUCUCCUGCGCUCCUUCCUCCUCAACACCAACUUGGUUUUUCAGCCGAGCGUUCGCUCCCUUUACCAGGUACUAGCCACUGUGAAGAACCAGAUAGAGGAGCUGGCUGCCAGCACGAGAGAUUUCCCAGAGCUGAUCACUGCCGCUCAACACUGGCUAAUGGCUCGGGAGACCUCGUUCAUGGCAGCAGACAAAAGCUCCAGCCACCACGAGGGGGAAAGGAUCUUGAAGAAUUCACCCCCACCAAAACCCAAAGCCAUCUCCCUGGAGCGGACCGAGGUCUUUGCUACUGUACUCUUCACGGAGUUCCUCAAAGAACUGGCUGCAAUUGCACAAGAGCACUCCAUCUUAUCUUACAUUCCUGUGGAAGAGUAAUUGUGUCCCAGCAGGCCUGCAUCAAGAGUCCAGUCUAACUCAGAAAGAUUAUAAAAGAGUCUCUUUUGAUAUUUGUGUCCUUUUUGGGGAGCACUUGGGAGAGAAUCCUUUUUAGAUCCAGUGAUUUUUAUACAACUAUUUUUAAAAAAUAUAGAGUAUUUAUUUUCCAAGCAAAAGAAGAAUCAGUUUCAUUUACUUUUCAGUUUCUUCAUUCCACCUCUGGAAAGAGUUUUUGGCGGCAAAGGAGGACUCGAGCUGAAAAAUCUCGGCCUGUUUGCUGAAGCCUUCCACCAGCCGAUACGUUUAUGAAGGCACGCUCCAGGUCCACCAAAGACUGUAGACAUUUAAAGAAAAAAAGAAGGCCAGCAUCAGCCCUUAUCUGAACCGUCUGGGUUCUGCCCUCAAAAUGAAUGUCUUCUAAAACCAGCUCCAACCAUGGUACGACGUCCGCUGCUCAGUGUGCUACUCUAAAUUACUCAGGUGGCCUUCCGGAAGUGUUGCGUCUCUGUUGUGGGAUCACUGCAGGGUGCAGCGCUGGCGACUUCACAGAAACGCAUCCAAACUUUGCUCUUAUGCAACUGUUAUGACACUUAAUCCUUUGGCAAAAUAUGUCUUCACAAAGUGGUGUUUCCACAAAAUCGUUAUGUUAGAUUUAGAUUUUAUUUCUCCCUGUUGAUUCAUGAUGGUACCUCAGGAGAUUUUGUUCUAUUCUCUCAGUUCUUAAACAGCUGUAGGUGGGACAGUUUUCCUACAAUGCACUAGAUUUCCACACUUACGGGAUCUGCACCUUUCCAUAUCUGCAAAAACUGACAAACCAGGUUUAUCGGUGAUGUAUUUAAUUAUUUGCCUUACUUUAGUGAUGCCUCAUAAUGUACAUAUUGUAUGUUCUGGUGACAUAGUACACUAUGCAAAUCAAGAAUAAUUAAGUUUAGCAUAUUUUCAUAAUGGGAAUGGGGUAUUUAAGCUCUUUAUUUUUUCUGUUGCCAUUUUUUUCCCAGCAAGGUUGCAGCAUUACAAAUGUGGUCUUUUGUCUACUGAUGGUGUUGUGUUAGCUAUGAUCAGUCUGAAAUUUCAUUCAUAAUUUUGCAUCUCCAAAGGCAACCUGCUUUGAAUUGCCUUUAAUGUAGUCUGCACAUGGGUUUAAGUUAAAAGACUAAAUGAAUCUUCCAGUAUAGAAAUACUUGUAAAUUGGUGCCUAAGUUAUGAGUUUCAUUCACAUUAUUGCCUGUUUAACUUCUGAAGGAGUUAAAGGGGAGUAAUACAAAAAUUAGCAGUACAAGCUGAAAGUGUAGUUUUCUAUGGGCAGAAUGGUAAAAGUGGGCUAAAAACGCUGUCUAGUAGCCUUGUGAGCUACGCUGAGUAGGUCAACGAUCUCAUCUAAAAGUUUAAGAUUGGAUUUUACUUUAGGAUUAAACGUGAAACUUUGUGUUUCAUUUUAAAUGUUUUGAA